AACUUGCAAGAUCUAGACCAGGGGUCACCAACCUUUUUAAAACGGAGAGCUACUUCACAGCAGAGCAGUUUAUUCUAAACAGUGGAACCACAAAGAUGUUCAGACUCUUUGGUCUUCUCAUUUUCAUUAACACUGCACUGACUACAGAUGUUGUUCAGCCCAGUCACCUGACGAGGGUUCAGCUUGGAGACAGUGUGACCCUGACAUGCUUCUGUCAAGGAGAAACAACUUCUGUUGCUUGGUUUAAGCAAGCUGCUGGUCAGAAGCCCCAGCCCAUGGCGAAAGCACUUCUCUACGUACCUGGUGAAUUUUACAAGGAAUAUAAAAGCAUAAAAGGUUACUCCUUACUGAAUGCAGAGGGGAGUUUUAACCUCACUAUUUCUAACGUGGAGCCGUCAGAUUCUGCAGUGUAUUAUUGUGCUGCUGUGUUUCUUCAUGAGGUCACCUUUGGGAAUGGAACCUUUGUCAUAAUCACAGGUAAAGACUCCAACAGCAGGACUGUGGUACAGCAGCCUGUGUCUGACACAUUGCAGCCAGGAGACUCUGUGAGUCUGCAGUGUACGAUAGAGACUGGGAGCUGUGCAGGAGAACACAGUGUUUACUGGUUCAGACAUGGAUCAGGAGAAUCCCUUCCUGGAGUCAUUUACAGCCACGGAAACAGCAGUGAUGAGUGUGAGAAGAGCCCUGAGGCUGGAUCUCCUACACGGAGCUGCGUCUACAGCCUCCCCAAGGGGAACCUCAGCCUCUCCGAUGCUGGGACUUACUACUGCGCUGUGGCCAUGUGUGGGGAGAUGCUGUUUGGGAACGGCACACAGCUGGAUAUAGAUGGCUUUCAGAAGCUGCUGGAUCCUCUUCACUCUGGCUUGCUGAUAGUUUUAUCUUGCAGCAUUAUUCUGAACGUUGCUCUCAUUUGUAUAAGAUGUAAACUGACCUGUACACACUGUGCAGAUGAAAAGAACAGUGAUAUAUCAAAAGUGGAAUGGUCACGCAAGCAAUGCCAUGACGAGGACACACUGAAUUACGCUGCCCUGAACCUUAAGAAGCCAAAACCCAGGAGACAGAAGAAAGACGGGAAUAAUGACACUCUGUAUUCUGACCUCCGCUACAGAGAUUAUGAAUAAAGAUGCUUCUCAUUCAUGUCAGUCACACAGAGUGUUCAGGGUGUAGCUUUAAUAAUGUUCAGAGGAGGGCAGGGGAGCCAGUGCUUCUGAGACUGAAUCACGGGAUUUU